AAUAAGGGCCACCAGCGUGACAGCGCAAGAAAGGAACGAAUAAGAAGCCGGGUAUUAGUUGCGCCGUUGAUGAGUCCCUACUUGCCACAUGCGACAGUCGGAUGUAUCGUCCUGCCUUGCCUCCCCGUCCCACCCUUCCGCCUGUCCCCUCGCUACAAGGCGCUGCCAUCGACGACGAUGACCAGCAACCAAAGGGAAUCGCAGCAAGGAUAGCCAGCUUGAAGCUCGACCGAAGCUCAUCUGGCCCACUUCAAGGCCGAAGCUCGCUCGUCGUACGGGAUCCCGACUUUCUUCGCCUUAUCCGUCGCCCGCCACCGCCCAUCCCGACAUCGACACCCCACAGUGCCCUGCCGCCUCCGCCGCCUCCUCCUCGACGUCCACCCGCCCAUCUUCCUACCCCACCUCCAGAGCCAGAACCAGAACCAGAGUCGUCCUGCCUCAAGUGCCACGACUUCUCCUACGUAGAUGCCCAUGCCGCCCAAUUCCCCCGCCAGACAGUCAGCUCCCUCGACCAGCUCGCAGUCGACCUCACCUCUCCCUUCGACUCUGAAACAGAAAAGUGUCGUGCAAUCUUCACAUGGCUGCACCACAACGUCGCCUAUGAUGCUGCGUCCUUCUUUUCCGGAAACGUACGUCCCGCAACUGCCCAAUCCACCCUCCAAUCUGGACUGGCAGUCUGCGAUGGGUAUGCUGGCUUGUUCGAGUAUCUCGCCCAGCGCAUCGGGGUGCAGUCUUACAAGGUCACUGGCCAUGGGAAGGGCUUUGGGUAUGCCGCGAUAGGCCCCGAUGUGCCCGUUCCUCCCUACCAAGGGAAUCACGCCUGGAACUGCGUACUCAUGGACGGAGAGUGGCGGCUCAUUGACUGUUGCUGGGGUGCCGGCGCCCUCGAAGGGUCCGCGUAUAACAAGCGCUUCACUCCCAUGUGGUUCAGCUCUUCCCCAGCAGAAUUUGUGAGGCGCCAUUACCCCGAAGACCCAUCUUACCAGCUUAUAGCCGAGGAGGAUGGUGGCCCUGUGUCCUGGGAGCAGUACAUCCUCGAACCGGAGGGUCCUGUCAUCUUCCAGGACUUUUAUCAGUUGAACUUUAAUCCUUACCUCAUCCAGCCCGCCGAAAAGUACAUUCAGAGCGGGACAUGGGCCACUUUUCACAUAUUCAAGCUCUGUGAGCAUAUGUCGAGGGCUGAGGUGGAUAAUUAUGUUUAUCUUAUCAGCAAUCCUGACAAGACGCGAACCCCAAUGCAGGCGAACGAAGAAGGCGGUUGGAGCGCCACUGUGUAUAUUCCUAGAGGAGGAGGAGAGCUUUCUCUCUAUUACGUUACACAAUGCGAUUGCAGGGAUGGGAAAGGGCUAGGUGUUCAAGGGUUCAACAAUGCCAAUGGCCGCAAAGCCAUGGCUUUUGGAGGUAUGGGCAGAUGGACUGUAGUCUAGUAUACCUUAGCAAUACCCAACCUAUUUAUCAAUUCUUUGGUUCAAAGCAUAUAGUAUGCAAUAUUUUGAAAGAAAGCACUAUGUAUCCCAGUCUACAGGUUAGCACGAUACACGUAUACCCUGCCCUUCCAGAUAUCGCUUCAUAUCGGCUAUCAACUCAAGCUGCUCACCCACUGUCAGCCCGCUUACAAUCGUCUGCAACACCGAACCUACCGUGACAUGAUGUUCACGGAUAAGGCUGCUAUAGUAAACAUAGAUGAAGACACCCAUCAAGAACCUUAAC